AUGGCAUCGAAAGGUAUCUCCAAGGAAGACGGGAGUCAAUUUGAAGAAAAUGGUAAAACGGAUCGUAACGGUCGAAGUGGAGUAGCAUGUGCCUCUGACAGCUGUGCCGGCCACCUGCAAGUCACACUGCGCAAGGUAGACCAGGUCCUUGCCCGCGACUUUCCUCGGUCUUGCAGUCCCUUCAAUCCAAAAUUCACUCGUGUAAUACACCCUCACCUCUUUACACCAUCCUAUAAGACUGCAACCUUCCACAAAUCCUUGUCAACUUCAUCCAGAUGGAAUCUAUUCCAUAACGAGUCUGCAAUUCUUCGUCUCUUUGAACUCCAUUCGUUUGUCCAUCCUCAAUUUUUCCAAUAA